UACAUACUUUACGUGUGCUAUAUGUAAUCGUUCAACGUGCCGCAUAUCUCUCAGAAUCGAGCUUCUUUAACUAAAUAUAAGAUCGCUGCUUGUACACGCCGCGAGUUUUUAAUUUCUUAAAAGAUUGUUAGAUAUGAAUUGACAAACCAUAUUGGCAGAUAUUUUGCCAAACGUGUAUCCUCGAUCCAUCUCGAUCUACGAUCACGUUACGAGAGCAGAGUAGGUAGGAAUGGAUUUCGAGUUGGGCAAUGUUGCCCAAAUAUCAGCAGAACUUGCUCAAGUAGUAGAGGUGAUGAUGUCACCAGAUGUUCCACAGCAGCAACGUUUAGACAUGUAUAAUGCUUGUGAAAGAUUUAAAGAAUUAUCUCCAGUGUGUGCACAAUGCGGAUUAUAUUUAGCGCAAAAAGCACCAAACAGAAGUCCUGUGGUUCGUCAUUUUGGACUACAGUUAAUGGAACAUUCUAUUAAAUAUAGAUGGACACAAAUAUCGCAACCAGAAAAGAUAUUCAUAAAGGAGAAUGCAAUGAAAUUACUUCGAGAAGGCACAGAACCAUUACUGCAAGAAGAAGCUCACAUUAAAGAUGCACUUUCACGUGUUGUAGUAGAAAUGAUAAAACGAGAGUGGCCACAACAAUGGCCAACAUUACUUGCAGAGCUCAGCCAGGCUUGUACAAGGGGUGAAAGCCAGACAGAGUUAGUUCUCUUAGUAUUUCUAAGACUUGUAGAAGAUGUGGCACUCUUACAAACAUUAGAAUCCAAUCAGAGAAGAAAAGAUAUAUACCAAGCACUUAAUACAAACAUGGCUGAAAUAUUUAGCUUUUUUUUAAGACUAAUGGAACAACAUUUUUCUGAGUUUCAAAAGAAAAGUAGUUUAGGUUGUACUUCAGAAGCAGCAGCUCAUAGUAAAGUUGUACAGGUUGUAUUAUCUACGUUAACCGGGUUUGUGGAAUGGAUUUCGAUCACUCAUGUUAUGGCAGAAGAUGGUAGAUUACUGCAAAUAUUAUGUCUUCUGUUGGGGGAUCCAAUAUUUCAAUGUUCAGCUGCUGAAUGUUUAUUACAAAUCGUAAAUCGUAAAGGGAAAGCUGAAGACAGAAAGCAGUUAAUGAUUUUAUUUUCUGAAGAUGCUUUAAGGUACAUUUAUACAGCUGCCACUACAGCACCGCCUGUGACUGGAACAAAUGAGAUUCAUGAAAAUCAUUACUUAUUUUUAAAGAAACUGACACAGGUGUUAACUGGUAUGGCAACUCAACUAUGUGCACUUUGGGGUAAAGAUGAUAGUUCCAGCAUACGUCCUACGCAUUUCAACAUAUUUUUAGAUACUGUACUAACUUAUACCAUGUAUUCAAAUUUAACAUUAACACACAUGGCAAAUGCAAUCUGGAUAAUGUUGUUUAAACACGAACAGAUAAAGCAAGAUCCGUUAUUGUUAACUUAUGUACCGAAAUAUGUAGAACACACGGCGCCAAAAUUAAUAAAAAUAGCGUAUCCCCAAAGUAGACAAAGUAAUGGAACGAGUGCACAUUGUCUCGCUGAUUACGAUUCGGUUGAAGAGUUCAAUGUUUUUCUUCAUCGAUUUAGAACUGAUUUAUUAGAAGGCUUUAGACAGGCGACAAUGAUCGCGCCGCUAGUAACGUUUACCUACGUACAGCAAUGGUUGACAGCUAAAAUAACAAAGGGAAUGGCAGAUCUUCAAUUUCAAAGCGAUCAAAAUGAUCCACAUUACCUUGAAUGGGAAGCCCUUGCGCAAGCUUUGGAUUCUGUGGUCUCCAGAAUUCUAUUAAUUAACGAACGACCAAGCGUACAAACUGGACUUCAGUUGUUGGAGCUAUGCCUUGGCUAUUCUCCGCAAGAUCCUUGGCUAUUAUCGGCGCUACUAUCCUGCAUCAGUGCCCUGUUUGUGUUCUUAUCGAUGUCAACCGGUUCGAUAACUAUGCCAGGAGUUUCUAUUCUGCCUAGAGUUUUGGAGAAGAUCUUUGCUGCUCUGGUAUUCGAAGCGCCUGGUGAAACAAAGGGUACUCGAUCUAGAGCAGCAAAGAAUGUGAGGCGACACGCAGGCAGUCUUAUGGUAAAGAUCUGUUUAAAAUAUCCAUUGUUACUACUCCCAGUUUUCGAACAGAUACAUACAAUGGUUCGAGGUCUAACAAGAGAACCUAGCCCUUUAACCAAAAUGGAGGCCACAUUGCUUUACGAAGCACUUUUACUGAUAUCAAAUCACUUCUGCGAUUACGAAAGGCAAACCAGAUUUGUUGCCGAAAUAAUCGGUGACGCGUCCGCAAAAUUUAUCGCACUUGGAUCUGAAUCAUUCAAAGGGCCAUUAGAAUUAAUGAGGUUCAUAGGAUUGGAUCGACCGCCGGCUGAGAACAUAACGGAAGAUCCAGCUGGCCAAAAUCGGAGUGACUUAAUGAUUUGCAUCUGUACAGUAUUGUGCGUUGUAAAACGGUGCAGUAUACCGGACGAUCCGGAUCGUGCUGCAAGAGGUAGUUUCGUCGCUGCACUUAGCGAAAGUGGAAAUCCGGUAUACAGAAAUCCUGCUACACCGCACGUGAUCCCAGUACUGCCGACACUUUUUGCAUUGCUUAGAACCAUGAAUGCUCUCUUCACUCCUACCGCUUUAGCAGCCUUGUCUGAGGGAUAUAAAAAUGCUCAUGACUUAUUGGAAGCAGAGAAAGCGAAUCUAUUAGGUUUAAAUACGGCAAACGAUAAUGCCUCCGAGCCUGACCAAUCUUCCUUCACGGCUUUAGUUCGAAUGCAAUCAUUUCUUAGUACUAUUCACGAUCUCUGCUAUCAUAUGCUGGGCAGUGGAUGUCAUACGAUCGGAAGAGAUUUUUAUCAAUUACCUGGGUUAGCACCGGCGCUUAUCAACUCGGUUUUUUCUAACAUGGAGAUGAUUCCUGAUUAUAGAUUAAGACCUGUUAUGCGCGUCUUCAUGAAGUCGUUCAUAUACUCUUGUCCACCUGCAUUUUAUGAAAGUGUUCUUGUACCUGUACUGGCUCAUGUUUCCACACAUAUGUACCAUAGGCUAAGUACCAAGUGGCAGUACAUAGCACGCCUUUAUGAGUCUGGUGGUUUAGACGAGGAAAAUACUGAUACGCAAGAAGUUAUCGCCGAUAUGCUGAAUCGAAAUUUGACGAGAGACUUUGUAGAGUUGUUGAAGGUAGUACUCGUUGGAGGUGCUGCUAGCGAUGCAACACCUCCUGACACUAUGGAACAAGACAGUGAAGGUAUGGCCAUUGAUCCUCCUUUAUCACGCGGGAACAGUAUAGUUGCUGAAGUUGUUAGCGAAUUGGGAGCAGUCGUACUUCGUCACCCGUCUACAUGCCACAGUGUGGUUUUAUGCGUUUUAGGGGCUUUGGCUUGGAAUGAUUCGAAUGCAAGUUUCAAAGCUACAAUGUUAACUGGGCCAGUAGUGCGAUCAUUAGCGGCCGAUGGUAGUCUAACGCCUGCUAUGGCUGCUCAUAUUAUGGUAGCUAUUCUUCAAGGCUUACAACUUCAUGGACAACAUGAAGCGAAUCAAGGUUCCUUGAUAACUUUGGGCGCACAAGUUUAUGAGUGUUUACGACCCAAGUUCCCUAAUAUUAUUGAGGUAAUGCAACAAAUACCGGGCGUCAAUCCCACGGAUCUGCAACGUUUCGAUGAAAAGAUGUCUGUAAUUAGUACUAAAGGAAACAAGGUAGAGAAAGGAAAGAAAGAUCUAUUUAAGAAAAUUACGAACCAGCUUAUUGGUCGAAGUGUUGGUCAGUUGUUCCGUAAAGAAGUUAAAAUAGACAAUUUGCCACGAAUAGAGGUUUUUGGUAAACAACAGGCGAUACGAGUGGACGAAAUGUCAGAAAAUUCGACUGACAGUGGGUUUGCAACUUUGUUCGCGGGAUCUACGUAGCAGAAACUUCAUCUAGAUGACCAUAUUGCAUGCACGUGGUUUAAACUGAUAAAUGGUAAUAAAUCAUCGUAAUAUACGAUUUCCUAUUAAAA